ACCUACAGUGGAGCACCCAUAGGGAGACACAUCUCAAAGAACCAUCGUUAAUGCACAAAUUGAGUAACUUCUUUUUUGUGUUACCUGAUCUCAUUGGUCUUCUUUCCUCUGAGCAGGGUUUCCAGUUUCCAAACCCGAUGUCAUCUCCCAGCUGGAACGAGGGGAAGAGCCGUGGGCCCCAGCUCUCCAGGGCUCAGAGGAAAGAGAGAUCCUGCUAGGCAGCUGCAUGGCAGGUGAGGGGAUGGUGAGCAAGACCAUGGAGCAGAAUCCUCAGCAGGAAGAGGAGCAAGUGGAAGCGCAUGGGGAGUUGUUGCAAAGAUGCAAAGGGAGUGUGUCCAGGAGUUGUGAGCAGGGAAAAGGCUCUCAGGGGCAGCACAGGCCAGAGAAGCGGCAGGGAAACCAGCCAGCGCAGAAAGUUGGAAUAUCUGUUAAUUAUCGGGGAACUCACAAAGGCCUCAAGGAAACCACGGUGCAGCAGAGAAUCCUGACGGGAGAGAGAAAUAACACGGGCUUUGAGUUUGGGAAAAAGUUCAGGAGGCGCUCACACCAUCAGAGAAUCCACACCCGAGUGAGACCCCAUGAAUGCCGCGAGUGCGGGAAAACCUUCGCUUGGAGCUCAACCCUUAUUGCACAUCAGAGGAUCCACACCGGAGAGAAACCCUAUAAAUGCCGUGAGUGUGGGAAAACCUUCGCUCGGAGCUCACACCUUAUUUCACAUCAGAGGAGCCACACAGGAGAGAAACCCUAUAAAUGCUGUGAGUGCGGGAAAACCUUCGCUUGGAGCUCAUCCCUUAUUUGCCAUCAGAGGAUCCACACAGGAGAGAAACCUUAUGAAUGCUGUGAGUGUGGGAAAACCUUCCCUCACAACUCAACCCUUGUUAUACAUCAGAGGAGCCACACAGGAGAGAAACCUUAUGAAUGCUGUGAGUGCGGGAAAACCUUCGCUCAGAGCUCAAGCCUUAUUGCACAUAGGAGGAGCCACACAGGAGAAAAACCCUAUGAAUGCCAUGAGUGCGGGAAAACCUUUGCUCAGAGGUCAGGCCUUGUUACACAUCAGAGAAGCCACACAGGAGAGAAACCCUAUAAAUGCCGUGAGUGCGGGAAAACCUUCGCUCAGAGCUCACACCUUACUGCACAUCAGAGGAUCCACACAGGAGAGAAACCCUAUAAAUGCUGUGAGUGUGGGAAAACCUUCCAUCACAACUCUUCUCUUAUUUAUCACCAGAGAAGCUGCAAGGGAGAUAAACACCAUGAAAAUCUUGUCUAGGGUCUCAGAAAAGACUGUUUUUUCCUUUUGCUAAUUCCCAAGUAGUGAACUUUAAGGCAGCAUUUGUGGCAUCUCAGCUCCUUCAGGUGAGUUGUCUGCUUUUCCCUUUUGCAGCUCACCUUUCCUUGGAGUGAAGCCCACAGUGUUUUUCAUCAACUCCUUUGUUCUGUGUCAUGGAAGUGUGUGUCCCUCCAACAGGAAUGUCCAUCAGCCCCAGGUGGGGGAACCAGGAGUGACCUUUACUCGGUACAUGGAGGUUAAAUCUACCUGGGCCUUGACUCCACUAGGGUUUUCCAUGGAGUUAGCUAGAUUGAGUUAGCGAUCCUGAUAUAAAAACACAACUAUUUUUUUCAAUAAAGAAAAUAGCCCAUA